AAACAAUGACGAAUCAACAUCGAGAGAUUCGGCAAUCCAGCCUCGCAUCGAGCAAAACUAUACGGGCCGUGCGCGUGUCUUUUAGCGGCGAAGUGCUAACGCGUCGCUCAUCCAAUAUAAAAACUCACGGCGCACCGUUAUCGUCGAGCAGAGACUUGCGCCUUUUCCGCGGGAGUGUAACCAGAAGCGCAGAGAAGGAUCGCGCCUUGACCGACUGGAAAAAAACCCUUGGUGUCCCAGAAAAAUGAGGAAUUUCGAGCGAGUGAAGUGUGGGCUCGCGCUGUUGUGCGCGAUUUCCGCGGCUCUGGUAAGCUGCGAUGAUUUCGACCAACAGAACGACACGAAGACCGUAAGCCUUGAAGAUCCCGGCAUCGAUGCUACCGUAAAAGCUGCUCUGGAGAACGGCUCGGUUUCCGAGGUCGUCGUUAGAAAAGAUUUGCUCCUCUUUCCCGUGAAUGCGCCCAAUUUGGUCAUCGCGCACAGCCAAGAGAUUCACGCUGUGCCGCAGCAGAACAGCAGCAACGCCACGGAUGGAAAGCCUGUAGCUGCCGAAGUGGCCGAAGUCAACGAGUACAGCCUGUCGCAGUUGGUUAACAAUACCGACAAUGAUACCACAAGCCAAGGCAUCGCAAUCCCAGCCUCGUCGUUUCCCAAUGGUUCGGAAAAUGAUUCGGUACUGGAGCCCGGAAAGCUCCUGGAAAUCGUUUCGGGCUUCAAUCUCUCAAGCGGAGUGGCUACCGAAAAAGUCCCUCUCCCAAGCGAAGUGCAGGAUUUCAGCCUUCCUAAGCAUUCCAUCGUCGAGCUGCUAUCGAAAUCGCUGCCGCAAGCAGAUGAUGCAGCGCCGAUGAUCGAGUCGUCGAGCGAAGCACCGAGUUACUUCGUCGGGAAGAGAUCCGUCGAUGAUGAUGACGACGACGAUGAAGACGAUGACAGCCAGAGCAACGAUUCCGAGAGUACCGAAGACGACGACGACAGCCAAUCGGAUGACGCAGAUUUGGAGAAGAGAUCAGCAGAGUCGGACGAGAAGGAUGACAGUAGCGAUUCGAAAAGCGACGGAAGCAGUGCAACCAAUAGUGGAAGUAGCUCCAGUACCACGACAGAAAACGUAAAAAGGUCGACCGAUUCGGGAGACGAUGCGGACAGCAGUAGCACGACCGAAAAUGGCGCCAGUAGUACGACUGAAAGCGCAACCAAUACCGGUAUCGCGAAGAGGUCGAUCGACUCGGACGAGGAUGACAGCAAAUCCGACAGCUCGGAGGAAAGUACUCAGAAAACCAGCACGAGUACCAGCAGAAAGGAAACGAAACGGUCCGCUGAUGAAGACCACGACGACGACGACGACGACAGCUCGGCUUCUAAUAGCACAGAAUACUACGAUCGCGUGGAGUGAAUCAAGACGUUGAGAACUGUCGCCUGCCUUCCAGGUCAGCAAGUCGUCAGAAACAGCCGACAGCCAGGCUGAAAGUUCGAGUGUGCAGAGAAGCGGGAAAGAAAGUUUAGUUCGCGAUUCGGAGGAUGACAUGGACGUCGCCGAAGAUAUGGUCUUCAGACCUCUUUUCAGAUAUCGUCAGGAGACGCGGCUACGUCAGCGUUAUCCCUUUUACGGAAGGUCGCGCUAUUAUGGAAAUCGAUAUCGUUAUAGAGCAGAUGAUUCGGAUUACGAUUGACGAAUGCUGAAUUCGAGCUCGAUCGUGAGUUCGAUAUCUGCGUUUUAUUAUUAUUCAUUGUGAAUUUAUUAACGGCGCGUGGAACUAGAGAUAUAGAUGACUCACGAUUAUUUCUAUUGUUAGAAUCAUAAAGUUAUUUGUUUCAAUUAUCGCUAUUAUGUUGUACAGAAUUUUCAAGUAUCCGAUAACGAUAAUUUACAGUGACUUCAUAAACGAUCUGUUAUUGUUUUGACGCGAGUUGAAAUAAUAAUAUGAUGUAUAGUUUACAAAUAAUGUGUGCAACGAUUUACGAAGUCGAAAAACAGUCAUUAUUAUAUGUUAUAAUUAUUUGUAUUGCAUUGUUAAUUUGAAGAAAGUAAAAUAGAAUAAAAUAAAAUAAAAUACAAUAAAAUAUUCAAAUUUUUUCCUAUCAUUCGAUAAAUCACUUUUGAGUCCCUUCAGACUCCACUGGUUUUCAUAAGAUAUAAUUAAGCAUAGGUGUAUAGGCAAGAAGAAGGGUGACAAAUUAAAACUCUCUCUGAACUUCUGCUCUCUUAAAAAUUACAGUUAAAUUUAUUAAUCUAGUUUACACAGAUAUACUAAUUUUACAGUCUACGUUCAAAAUUGGCCACUUUUUAAAAAAUAAACAAUGAUUAUGCAUGCUUA